AUGAAAUUCACCAGUUCCUUGUCUGCCAUUUCGAUCGCAGCUAUCGGAGCUGUCAGCUUUGCCAACGCUGACUGCCAAAUGAGCGGUGGUAAUUAUUACUGUUCCAAGGCAGAAGCUAUUGUUUACAGUGACGUUGGAUACUCUGGUUCCUACAUGGAUGUAUCUUUUAUGGAUGAAAAUUCCUGUUCCUGUUCACAGUCUUCUGUACAGGUCUCUGGUAGUCUAGCACCAUUAGAUGAAGAGCUAUCUGUUCACUUCAGAGGUCCUGUAAGACUGCUACAGUUCGGUGUUUACUACCCCGCUGGUAAUUCAAAUCUUAACAAAAGAGACGAAGAUGAUGUCGAUUGUGUUCAAACUGUUCAGAAACAUCAGCAUAAAAGAGAUGUUGCUGUUCAAUACGUUGAGGUUACUUCCACUGUCUAUGUUAACGGCAAUGGUGAAAGUGUUACAUCGGCAACAGCAGUUCCAAAGGCCCCAGGUAACCCAGAGACUGGAUUGGUUUCUUCGUACACAUAUGUGAACACGAUUCUCUCCCCAUCUCAAACCGAUUCUCCCUCAUCAGCUGCUGCUUCUACUACUUCCUUGUCACCAUCGCCUUCCUCAUCGUCGAGCUCCUCUACAGGAAGCUCUUCAUCGGCGCCAGCUUCAUCAUCACCAGCAUCUUCCAAUUCUGGAUCAACUGGUUCAUGGGUCAGAUCGUCAUACUUCCAACCUGGCUCUGCUUCCAACUGUGUUUUCAUGAACCACCAAGGUGGUACCGCAGGCUCUGGUACCUGGUCUUCUUGUUUCGGUAACUCUAUUUCUUUCGCUGGCUCAGAUGGUCUCUCAGGUGCUUCAUCUCCACAAGCAUUAAACGAUGUCACCAUUGCAUCUGGCAAGGAAUAUAUGAUUUUCUCCGGUACUGAAUGUAGUGGUGAUAGUUGUGGUUAUCACAGGGAAAAUAUUCCUGCUUAUCACGGUUUUGGUGGUAGUGAUAAAAUUUUUGUUUUUGAAUUUUCUAUGCCCUCUGACACUGCUGGUAGUGGCUACAACCAAGAUAUGCCAGCAAUUUGGCUAUUAAAUGCAAAGGUGCCACGUACUCUACAAUACGGUAAUUCUGAUUGUUCUUGUUGGAAAACUGGAUGCGGUGAAAUGGAUCUAUUUGAAAUUUUAACUGCAGGAUCAGAUAAAUUGAUUAGUCAUAUUCACAGUGGUCAAGGCUCGAACGGCCAAAGUUCUGGUGGUGGUGGCUCCCAAGACUACUUCACAAGACCAAGUUCAGGAACUCUAAAGGCUGCCGUUAUUUUCAACGGUUCCGAUAAAUCUGUCCACAUCGUUGAAGUCGAUGAAGACUUCGAAGCCGAACUAAGUUCAUCAACUGUGUCAUCCUGGUUAAACUCUGCUGGAUCAAAUGCUCAAAUGUUAUAG